AUGAACACAUCUUCAAAUUGUGCAACAGAAUCAAUAUUUGAUUCUCCAUCAUUUUUAUAUAAUACUGCACACAUUUUGACAAUUUUUACUCUUCCAAUCAAUUUUUUUGGUGUUUAUUUGGUAUAUUCGAAAACACCACCUUUAAUGACAAAUAUGAAAAUGGUUAUGAUAAAUAUGCAAAUAUGGAUUAUGUUAUCUGAUUUUUGCAUUGGAACUCUAGUUAUUCCUUAUAUUUAUUUUCCUGUUUUUGCAGUCUCAACUUUUGGAAUUUUGAAUAAAUUGAAUGUUGGUAUUGCUCCACAAUUUUAUCUUUUAGUUUUUUCAAUUGGUGGUGAGUUAACACUUUUGAAAUCAUUUUGAAAAAAAUGAAAUAAAUAGAAAUUGGUGCAUCAAUGGCAAUAACUCUUGAAAAUCGAAAAGCCAACAUAACACGUGUUUCUUAUAUUUCAAUGACAAAUAAACGAAAAUUAUUAAUAAGUAUAAAUUAUCUUCUUCCAUUUUUAUUUCAACUUCCAUUUUAUUUCAAUUUACCUGAUCAAAAUGAGGCCAUGAUUGAAAUUAGUCGAAAAAUCCCUUGUUUAUCAUCUGAAUUUCACACGUCUCCAGUCAUUGUUAUUAGUACAAAUGGAGUUUUACCUGGUUUUUCGAUAUGUGCUAUUUUAUUUGCGUAUGCAAUAGAAAUUGGAUAUUUCAUAACAAAUAUAACAAAUGUACUGCGUGUGAUGAGAACAUCCAAAAUAUUCAAGAAGUUCUCAAAGUUUUUGGCCCUUCAGCACCAUCUGAAGAAGAAGAAGUUGAAGUUAAGCAAGAACAUGUGCCAGAAAUAAUUCCAACUCCUUUUGUUCUCUUGAAAAAUAUCAUUGAAUUGAUUUGGUUGAGCGUUUCUUGGACAACUCAAGUAACUCUUGAGGAAACCAAAAAAAUUAUUGAGAAACAAAAGGAUUCGGAGAUCAGAGUUGGUGAGUUUUUAUAUUUUUCUCUGACGAGUUUCAGAUAUAGAAAAAUGAGCAUUUUUUCAGGAGAUGUUUCGAUUCACCCAAAAUUCAUCAUUUUUUCGUUCUCAUUCACUGUUGUUCUUUCAAUUUUGGCCAUGAUUUUCAAGAUUUUAUUUUUCUGA